GUGUGCGGCGCGCUCCUGGCGGGGACGGAGCGAGCAGAUCUCGCGUGCGCUCGCCGCCCGGCGCAGCCCAGCCCGGCCCCCGCCUGGCGCCGCGAGCCGAGGUGUCUCCCGCGCCCGCGCCCGUGUCGCCGCCGUGCCCGCGAGCGGGAGCCGGAGUCGCCGCCGCCCGAGCGCAGCCGAGCGCACGCCGAGCCCGUCCGCCGCCGCCAUGGCCACCACGGUGACCUGCACCCGCUUCACCGACGAGUACCAGCUCUACGAGGAUAUUGGCAAGGGGGCUUUCUCUGUGGUCCGACGCUGUGUCAAGCUCUGCACCGGCCAUGAGUAUGCAGCCAAGAUCAUCAACACCAAGAAGCUGUCGGCCAGAGAUCACCAGAAGCUGGAGAGAGAGGCUCGGAUCUGCCGCCUUCUGAAGCAUUCCAACAUCGUGCGUCUCCAUGACAGCAUCUCCGAGGAGGGCUUCCACUACCUGGUCUUCGAUCUGGUCACUGGUGGGGAGCUCUUUGAAGACAUUGUGGCAAGAGAGUACUACAGCGAGGCUGAUGCCAGUCACUGCAUCCAGCAGAUCCUGGAGGCUGUUCUCCAUUGUCACCAAAUGGGGGUCGUCCACAGAGACCUCAAGCCGGAGAACCUGCUCCUGGCCAGCAAGUGCAAAGGGGCUGCAGUGAAGCUGGCGGACUUCGGCCUAGCUAUCGAGGUGCAGGGGGACCAGCAGGCAUGGUUUGGGUUCGCUGGCACACCAGGCUACCUGUCCCCUGAGGUCCUUCGCAAAGAGGCAUAUGGCAAGCCCGUGGACAUCUGGGCAUGUGGGGUGAUCCUGUACAUCCUGCUUGUGGGCUACCCACCCUUCUGGGACGAGGACCAGCACAAGCUGUACCAGCAGAUCAAGGCUGGCGCCUACGACUUCCCGUCCCCUGAGUGGGACACUGUCACUCCUGAAGCCAAAAACCUCAUCAACCAGAUGCUGACCAUCAACCCUGCCAAGCGCAUCACAGCCCAUGAGGCCCUGAAGCACCCGUGGGUCUGCCAACGCUCCACGGUAGCUUCCAUGAUGCACAGACAGGAGACAGUGGAGUGUCUGAAAAAGUUCAAUGCCAGAAGAAAGCUCAAGGGGGCCAUCCUCACCACCAUGCUGGCCACACGGAAUUUCUCAGUGGGCAGACAGACCACCGCUCCGGCCACAAUGUCCACCGCGGCCUCCGGCACCACCAUGGGGCUGGUGGAACAAGCCAAGAGUUUACUCAACAAGAAAGCAGAUGGAGUCAAGCCCCAGACGAAUAGCACCAAAAACAGUGCAGCCGCCACCAGCCCCAAAGGGACGCUUCCUCCUGCCGCCCUGGAGCCUCAAACCACCGUCAUCCAUAACCCAGUGGACGGGAUUAAGGAGUCUUCCGACAGUGCCAACACCACCAUAGAGGAUGAAGACGCUAAAGCCCCCAGAGUCCCUGACAUCCUGAGCUCAGUGAGGAGGGGCUCAGGAGCCCCAGAAGCUGAGGGGCCCCUGCCCUGCCCAUCUCCGGCUCCCUUUAGCCCCCUGCCAGCCCAAUCCCCCAGGAUCUCUGACAUCCUGAACUCUGUGAGAAGGGGCUCAGGAACCCCAGAAGCCGAGGGCCCCCUCUCAGCGGGGCCCCUGCCCUGCCUGUCUCCAGCUCUCCUAGGCCCCCUGCCCGCCCCGUCCCCCAGGAUCUCUGACAUCCUGAACUCUGUGAGGAGGGGCUCAGGGACCCCAGAAGCCGAGGGCCCCUCGCCAGUGGGGCCCCUGCCCUGCCCAUCUCCGUCUCUCCCUGGCCCCCUGCCCGCCCCGUCCCGGAAGCAGGAGAUCAUCAAGACCACGGAGCAGCUCAUCGAGGCCGUCAACAACGGUGACUUUGAGGCCUACGCGAAAAUCUGUGACCCAGGGCUGACCUCGUUUGAGCCUGAAGCUCUGGGCAACCUGGUUGAAGGGAUGGACUUCCACAGAUUUUACUUCGAGAACCUGCUGGCCAAGAACAGCAAGCCGAUCCACACGACCAUCCUGAACCCGCACGUGCACAUCAUCGGCGAGGACACCGCCUGCAUCGCCUACAUCCGGCUCACGCAGUACAUCGACGGGCAGGGCCGGCCCCGCACCAGCCAGUCUGAGGAGACCCGCGUGUGGCACCGCCGCGAUGGCAAGUGGCAGAAUGUGCACUUCCACUGCUCGGGUGCGCCCGUGGCCCCGCUGCAGUGAAGACAGCAGAGCCUGGGGGUGGACGGGAGAGGGGCUGCUGAAGAGCUGACCCACCCGCCCCGUUUCAGAGCUGCGCCCUGGUUUCGCCGGACAGAGUUGGUGUUUGGAGCCCGACUGCCCUCGGGCACACGGCCUGCCUGUCGCAUGUUUGUGUCUGCCUCGUUCCCUCCCCUGGUGCCUGUGUCUGCAGAAAAACAAGACCAGAUGUGAUUUGUUUAAAAACAAAACAAAAAAAAA